UUGCCAGAUCUGGGGAAAAAGGAGGAACCCGGGGAUAUGUUGCCCAAAACAACGGAAAAAAUUGGGACUGAUAUUCCAUCGCUUAGCUAGGCUACAAAAAAAAUACAGUGACACGAACGGUUGUUUUUUCCUGACUUUUUUUUACGGAUUACCGGUGCUAUCGGGUCCUAAUUCGCUCAUGGGUUUUGGCUGAAAAUUUAACGUACGGCCCCUUAAAACCUAUCACCUGGUUUCCCCUUUCUUCCCACUUAACCAGCCUAAACAAAACCCAAAAAACGGUGUCCGGAUGAUUUCGAGAAGCUUUUUGCUGCUUUUUGGGACUCUGUAUCCUGCAUACUACUCCUACAAAGCUGUCAAGACAAAAAAUGUCAAGGAAUAUGUCCGAUGGAUGAUGUACUGGAUUGUGUUUGCCCUCUACACUGUGGUGGAGACCAUCACCGACCUGACGUUGGCAUGGUUUCCUCUGUACUACGAGCUGAAGAUAGCCUUUGUAAUCUGGCUGCUGUCCCCCUACACCAGAGGAGCGAGUCUUAUUUACAGGAAGUGUCUGCACCCUCUGCUGUCCUCUAGAGAGAGGGAAAUAGAUGAGUAUAUUGUGAAUGCCAAAGAGAAGAGCUACGAGACCAUGGUCAACUUUGGCAAGCAGGGACUGAGCAUUGCGGCCACCGCCGCUGUCACUGCAGCUGUCAAGGGUGCAGGGUGCCAUCAAGAGAAGCUAGCAUUGCUAAUGCGUGUGUAUGUGUGUGUUUGUCUAUGUUUUGCAGACUACUACUAUGACCAGGAGGAGAGGACGGAUGAAGAGGCGGAGCCAACCUUCUCCGAAGACGAGGCGGUCACUCAGAAAGGACUGAGGCGAUCGCAGAGUGUCAAGAUCUCACGAUCCAAAGUCCGCAAAGAUGCGCGUUAUGGAUCCCUGAAGAUUAAAGGCAAGAAGAGACCAACGCUGAGCUCUGUUAACUAUGGAAUGUGAAAAGAAUGCACACGCACACGCACACACACACGCACACACGCACACACACACACACACACACACACACACACACACACACACACACACACACACAACACACACACACACACACACACACACACACACACAGUAGAGCAAUCUGCUGAUCGGUGGAUGGGAUUCCAGCUCUUUAGAGCCCGAACUCUUAUGAGCUUUCUUCAGACAUAUUUAUUACUUAAUUCAUCCCAGACCAGUGAAACUUCCAGAACCUACACUCUGAGAUUUUUGCAUGAACUUGUGUGUUUCAUCUGUUGUUUUUUAGAAUUGUAGUUUAGGUGUAGGUGUGAUGUCAUGUGUAGUCUUUUAGAUUUUACAUCUGUUUGCUUCAGUCUUUUAGUGUAGCCUCUUUCUAAUAUUUUUUUAAAGUUCAUAAACAGAAAGGAAUGGCUUAACUGAGUUAAAUCAUUCACUAAUGCUUUACGUCAUGGUUGUAAGCCAUCAAUGAGAACAACGUUGGGUCACUGGGGUGUGAAUCCUUUCGGCUUUUGUUUUUCCUCCAACCCUUGCUUUGUGUUUUAGGCUCUUUAAUUUGUCCGGGACACUCUCCCAAUAUCUGCCCCAAAACAGGUUCUCUUGUUUAACCCUAGAGUUGUCCUCCCGAGUCAAAAACUGACAAAAAAUUGAUAUUUUUGUCCUUUUUUCAGACUUUUUUUUAGUUAGAACACAACCUUACUGCCACUAGUUCUACAUUACUUGUUGGAAUUCAUGGUCUAUAACUCUCAUUUAUAUAGAAUUAUACCUAAUAUUUGAGUUAAAAAUGUCUAAAAUUAUGAAUUAUUUUGACUAAUAGUGAUGAGUUUAGUCAAUGAAUAAGCAUCCAAUCCAUUUCUGUGGUAAUUUCGUUAAAAAGAAACCCAUAUUUCAGAUAUAGACAUUUUUUUAAAGGGGUCCAAUUUAACCCGAGGACAAGAUUAGAUUAGAUUCAACUUUAUUGUCAUUACACAUGUAUAUGUACAGGGUUAACUGUAGAGUAUUAGUAGGUGAGACCCCUGAACCCUUAUUAAAGAGGCAUUCAUUUCCAUUUUGGCCACUUGGUGCAGCACAACAAACUAGGAACACAAAAUUAUCUUUUAUAAAGUUGCUUCGGCGGAACAGAAUAUAGCUCCAAUAUUCACAUGACACAUCAUCUGCUACUGCAAACAACUAUGCAACUAGAAAGAACACGCUCUUCCUCUUGCAAGCAAAUAGUUUAAUGUACAAUUAAUAAAAUACACCUUUUUAACAGUUGUUUUUCACCAACUGCAAGACCCAGUCGGACCCAGAGCAUGCUGGGAAACGUCGGCCUCUCAGCUGAUCUAACAGCUGAUUGGUUUAGAAUCGACUCAACAUGAUGACGUUUUAGAUGAACUUUUAACAAUUUAGAAUCGGAGGGAUUUUAACUGUAACUUUGACUUAUUCUGUACAGACCACAUGUUGAGUGGCUGAUUGUAACAUUUAGAAGUCAGAGAGACAUAUAUUAUAAUAUAUAUAUAUAUAUAUAUAUAUAGUUGUCUUCUGUUUAUUAAAAUCAGCAACAGAUCGCAUGUAGAGCAUUUACAUUCCAUUUUUGUCAUAAUUAAAAAACUGGCGACUGUGUGCAAGCUGAUAUAUGGGUCUGAUAACAUUUUAAUAAAUUGGAGUCGGACCACAGGGGUGAUGUCACUUCCUGUUCAGCCUGAAGGCUGCUGGCGGCUGGUAACUGUCCGACUUUACCGCAGAUUUUUGUCCCCUACUACCCCUAGUUUUACACUACUUUUUGGAAUUCAUGGUCAAUAACCCUCAUUUGUACAGAAUUUAACAUUUGAGUUAAAAAAAGCUCCAAAAAAAUUAUGAAUUAUUUUGACUAACAUUUAAGAUCAAAGGAAUGAAAGUGAUCAGUUGUAUUUGCAAAGAGCGUUGUAAGGAAUCCAAUCCAUUUUUUUGUGGUAAUUUGGUUAAAAAAAACACACCCAUAUUUCAGAUAUAGUCAUUUUUUUUAAAGGGUUAAAUUUGACCCGAGGACAACAGAAGGGUUAAACCUUCUCCGUACCAAGCAGCAGACAAAGUAGCAACUAGCUGGUGAGGAAGUAAAUAUUGGACUUGAUCAGCUUUAAAAGACAUUGUUUUUAAAUGCAACCAUGAUUUUAUAACAACCUAUCAAUUCAAAAGUUGUUGAGAUUAAUGGCUUAUAAGUGACCUAUCAUUCUAUUGGAGUACACAUCCAGUACGCUAUUAGUUUCAGAGUAUUCUAUUAAAACGUUGCUUCUGCUGCCUUUCAGGUAUUUUAUCUGACACUAGUGUUGGAGUCCGUUGACAUCUGUGGCUCAACAUGCUAAUGGAGACUAGUUCUUACUCUUAGGGACGCGUUGUGUAGGUUAGGAUGAAUGCAACGUUCCCUGUCACAGUGGGGACAGUGUGAGAGCUCUGAUUCGCCGCAGGAUACCAGCAACUCUGACUAUAAACGUUUGAAACACACUUGAACACCAGCAGAUGAACACUAUCCCUUAUUCCUGUCAGAGGAGGGACACGGUGAACACCAACGAAGCGAAAGAAAGGGAAACGAAAACCAAAUGAAACAAAGUGAUUCUUCCAGGUUUCUCCGUGCAAAUGUCAGCCUUUAUAAAGGCCCAGGACUCCUGCUGACUAUUAAUGACUAUUAAUUUCUUGUUUUCCUGCUUUUUACUCAUGUACUUUUAUAUGGCUGUGUGUCCAGAUCACACCCCUGGUUGUAUAUUUCUCGCAGUAUUUCUUAGUGAAGAUUAGCUUUUUAAAUGUUAUUUUAUGUGUUUGUGUGUGUUACCUUUGGAUCAACAAGUAUGUUAAUGACCUGUUUUUGCACAUAGACCUCCCAAAUCUUUUUUUAUCAAUGCUGUUGCUUGUCAUCUCAUUUUGUAAUGUAUUCGCUGUGGGAGGAUGCAGCACACAAAUGAGCCUAGCCGUUGUUGAUGAAUGCUAAUACCACCGGCCUCUCAUGACGUCUUAAAGUUUGCCUUGUUUUUGCUGUAGCUGAAGUUCCUUCUCCUUCUCUAGUAGUACUUCUAGAAACGAUGACAUACUAGUCUCACAUUGCCAGAGCUGUCUCCACAGUGCUGUGGAGGAAGGUCCGGCUACAGCACAUACAGUACAUUCUAGACUAGGAGAAGGAUGUGUAUGGCCGUGUGUCCACAGCAGUCCUAAAAAGUCCCAGUAAGGACAGGAAAUAUUCUUUGUGAAUCUUUACGAUCAUUCCCCGAAAGAACCGAGCAGGCCUGCCUUGUUACUUCAUCCAAAUGUCCUCCAAAACUUGCCAUUUUUAGCAUGUAGCUCGCUAGCUUUGAGCUGUUUUGGUUUCCCGUAGCGAAGGGAUUUUGAGAACAGCAAGACAUAGAACGGAAGGCGGGGGGGGGGGGGUUUAGUGUGCCCCCCCCUCCCUAGCUGCAGCGUAAGUGCUUGACCAUUCAAGCCAUGCUGGCAUGGUGGGAAUGGUUUUCCAUAGAGCAUAAAAAGAAUAGCAUGCAUGUCUGCCUCCAUUUUCCAGAAUAUUCUACCCUUUAGACACACUUCCAUUACCAUCAAAACAACUGAGGGAAUAGAAACUAUGACAAGCAGCACUGAAGCUAUUCUUUCUUCAUAUUAAAGGAUCUGUGUGCCAUACAUUUGGUCAUUUGCCCAAUCUGCACAGGUUUCUUCCAUCCUAUCAUGUGUAUAUGCAGACACUCCAUGUAUUAAGAGAGCUGUGCAUGAUUGUAGUACAACAAUAACCAGCCAAACUUUCUCACGUCAUGAUGUCCAUUCAGUGCUCAUAACUAAUGAAACCAAAGCUUCAUGUACUCACGCAGAGCUGUGUGGCUGUGGGUUUUGAUCUGUGGGGUGGGGGGGGAGGGAGGGACGAAAUGUCUGCUGUGUGGAUUGCAAAUGCAAUUCAAUAAAGGCUAUCCAAAUAAAGACCGGCCAACCAGUAAA